AUGGCUCGUGAUACGAUCGGCCUGCGGGCAAAGGGACAGACGUCGUUGUUUAAGAAACGGCGGAAAGCCCAGGAUACCCAGCUGAAGCUAUUCUCCGCAUCUCAGGAGCUGGAAACCCCGCCGCAGAAACAACAAUCCCCGAGAUCAACUCAGCCAAUUCACCAGAGUUUACUUCAACCAACACCGAAGCUAUCUCCCGAUAGCGAUAUCAACCUGCUGGACUUGUUCCGGCCUCAUUCGGCUCCGUUGGACACCCCAUCAAAGGCGACCAACGUAAAGCCGCCACGAGUGGUUACACUGUUCGAGGAUAUCACACCAAAGAAAACUACUGCCACUAAGGAUGACCGAGCCGAGUCGGAGCCGGCUGUAACAAAUGAUAUUGAUGAGUCAUUCAAUGAAGAACCAUUGCCUAAAGCGAAGCCCACCAUCAGUUUGAAAUCGAUCGCUCAGCAGAGAGCGAAAGCAACCAAACGACGGACAUUGAGGGUGACAUCAUCGCUGACCAGUACAGCUAAUGACCGAGCAUUUAUUGAGAGGCUAUCACACUCAUCAAACAAUCCCUCUGUCGAGGAAAAUAUGCGAUUACUUGAUAUCGCUACUGACACCCUGAGGCUGAUAUCUAAUUCCCUACGAACUAGAGCCCUUUCGCUUGCACAGACUCGAGAGGAACUUAACGAUAGCUAUGUGCUCAAGUUGAUUGGCGUGGUACGAUCUGAACGUGAUUUACCGGGGCUGGACCCUAGUUCACCGUUCAUCCCAUAUGAAGUACAAAUCACCUGUUUAGAGUGGUUGCUUGACAAUCUUAACGUGUUUCCCAACAAUGGCAUUCCCGCACUCACACGGUGUAUCCCGAUCUUAUUUCAAUUGAUGAAUUUUGAAUACCCCCGUCACCUCAUCGCAGAGCUCAUCGUUGUUGCUCUUGUAGGGGGGAAAUCAUACCAAAAAUGGUACUAUACGUUUUUCCGUCGCCAAUUUGAGGCUCAUGCUGAGGAUUUCUACAUUGGCGCCGUGUUCAACAUCGUGAGAGGCUUAGCUGAAGAAACCCCACCGGGGUUACCCUACCCGUCUCCAAAGAUAACCUGGCGGGCUACCACCAUCCAAUUAGAUCAAGUUUACGAGGAGAUUGACGAUAUCCACGCUCGUGGGCGAAAAGGUGCCCUGGCGGGUCUCAAUGGCACCGACUUAAUUUCUCGAUGGUUCACUGCUGAUGCCGAUGCGGUAGUACAUCGGCUUAUGGACCCCGCGUCCUACACUGAUGCCACCCCGGCGUACGUUGCGUUGAAGCUUGCGCUGAGUCCCUCAUUCGUCAAUGUGUUUGACUACAUCGUGUCGCUUCAUUUGGCUAAUCCCGCCACCAAACCAGCGACACUCUGUAUGAUUGAGUACGUGAUUCGGGCUAGUGGCAUCUCUCCGAGUAAGCCUAUCGUCAAAGCCAUCACUACCAAUCGGCACUGGAGCAUGUUUACGAUUUUGAGUGAAACUGAUGUGGUUAGUGUGAAUUGCGAUCAGCAGCCGCAACGGUACGCUGCCGCUCUUAUGCGGUGGCUCGUGGUCAACGGCGACAACGCUACGGUGGCGACGCGGCUUGUGGAAGUGUGCCAGCACGACGGAGAGGCGGAACUUACGAUGAUGCGGCUUAUAUCCGGAGUGUCCAGUCCCCAGAUUGCCCUGCACUUGACACUUCCAAAACUUGCGUGCUACUUAGUCAGCACCGACCCGUUGGUAGUGUCGCUGGUGUGCCACUUUCUCCAGCAGUUUAAAAGAGACCCUAAUCAACGAGGCCAUGUGGAGACGGCGGUUAAAUGGCUCUGGCGUAACCAGUCUAACUCGAUUUCCUUUUUGAGCAGUAAGCUCCUCGAUCAGCUCGAUAAGCUCCACGUCUUCGACGAGGUCGAGGGACUCACCCCGACGACGAUGGGCCACUUCUACUUCCACCCGGGGUUUCUGCUGCUUAUUUCCAGUGCGUUUCUGGCGUCGACGCAGGGUCCUUCGACGGUGCCCGAGGCAUUAACGGCGCCGCAAUCCUGCGGGUGUGAGCGAAGCGACCAGCUUUGCGCCCACUGGCUUGCCGGCAUCGACAAGGAAGGGUUUCACGGCAUCGCGGGCUUUUUGUUCAGCCUGCUGAAACUGCUCAAUCGAGAAGAGCGGGCGGCGUAUGCCAAGACUUGA